AUGCAAGACAUUUUCGGAUCAGUUCGCCGAUCACUGGUAUUUCGUGGUUCACCGGAAAACGAAGAAACCUCGCUCGGAGUCGGAGGAAGCCUUGUCGAUAAGAUCAAUUACUGUAUCCGAAAUUCCAGAGUCUUCUCCAAACCCUCGCCGCCGUCUCCUUCCAUUCCUAAGGACGCUGCGCCUCCGAUCCGAUGGCGCAAGGGGGAGUUAAUCGGUUGCGGUGCCUUUGGCCAAGUUUACGUUGGAAUGAAUCUCGAUUCCGGAGAGCUUCUUGCAGUUAAACAGGUUCUGAUUGCGGCAAGUAGUGCUUCGAAGGAGAAGGCACAGGCUCAUAUAAAGGAGCUUGAGGAAGAAGUUAAAUUACUUAAAGAUCUUUCGCAUCCCAACAUUGUUAGAUAUUUGGGUACAGUCAGAGAAGAGGACACUUUAAAUAUUCUCCUGGAGUUUGUUCCUGGUGGAUCAAUAUCAUCCCUGUUGGGGAAGUUUGGGGCUUUCCCUGAGGCCGUCAUAAGGACUUACACGAAGCAGUUGCUGCUUGGACUUGAGUACUUGCACAAAAAUGGAAUCAUGCACAGAGACAUUAAGGGGGCCAAUAUUCUUGUAGAUAAUAAAGGGUGCAUAAAACUAGCAGAUUUUGGGGCAUCCAAACAAGUCGUUGAGCUGGCCACAAUUUCUGGUGCCAAGUCCAUGAAGGGUACUCCAUAUUGGAUGGCUCCCGAAGUUAUUCUCCAGACUGGGCAUAGCUUCUCUGCUGACAUAUGGAGUGUGGGUUGUACUGUGAUUGAGAUGGCCACGGGAAAGCCUCCCUGGAGUCAGCAAUAUCAACAAGAGGUUGCUGCUCUCUUCCAUAUAGGGACGACCAAGUCUCAUCCACCAAUCCCUGAGCAUCUAUCCGUUGCAGCAAAAGAUUUUCUGCUAAAAUGUUUGCAGAAGGAACCGAUUUUGAGGCCAUCAGCAUCAGAACUGCUGCAGCAUCCCUUUGUUACUGGGGAACAUAUGAAUUCUCUUUCUCUGUCUUCUAAUGUCACGGAAAAUUUUGAAGCUUCUUCACCGUCAUGUGUCCCACAUGUUGAAUCUUUCCUCGUUUGCUCGACAGUAAAUCCUCAGGACUCGGGAAAUAAACAGUUGUGGGGAAUGAGUGAUGAUGAUGACAUGUGUGAGAUUGAUGACCAAGAGUUCUCGCAGAGUGAUGUCAAGUUCAAAUCAUUGAUGUCAAAUAAUAUUGAGAGCUUCAACCCGAUGUCUGACCCCUCUGAUGAUUGGGGGUGUAAAUUUGAUGCAAGUCCAGAACUGGAAAAUAGAGGAGUUAAUUUUGGCACCGAUGAAAAUUACGUGCCACCAGAUCAGUCGGGGGCUGAUAACGUGCAGAAAGAUUUUUCCUUUCAAGGUGUGCCAUCUUUGUCAGAGGAAGAUGAUGAAUUAACAGAGUCAAAAAUUAAAGCCUUUUUAGACGAGAAGGCUCUGGAACUGAAAAAACUGCAAACACCUUUAUAUGAAGAGUUUUACAACAGUUUAAAUACAUCUUGUUCUCCCAAUGUGAUUGAUAGCUCAAGUGAUGAUAAUGCGGCUCGAAAAUACUUGAAAUUACCUCCUAAAAGCAGGUCACCAAGUCGGGCACCAAUUAAUACUCCAUCUAAAGCCGUUGACAAUGCUGGCAGUCCUGGAAGUAAUGGCAGGUCUUCAUCAACUGUUGGCCAUGUAAAUAACUAUGUUUCGCAGGAUAUUCCAGCAUCCCCCAAUAAUGAAUGGAAAGGACUGAUAGCUGACUCCCAGCAGGAGCCCAGUAGCCCAAGUUUAAACUUUUCUGAAAGACAGAAAAAGUGGAAAGAAGAGCUCGACCAGGAACUUGAGAGAAAACGAGAAAUGAUGCGCCAGAUGGGAGGAAAGACAUCUUCACCAAAGGAUCGAGCUUUACAUCGACAGAGGGAGCGGACAAGAUUUGCUUCUCCAGGCAAAUAAGAGAUUCGUCAGAGCGUUCCUGCGUUCCUGAAUGGAUUUUAUUAACCACUGGAAUUGCAAACACGUUUUACUGCAGUU